UUUAUAUUUCCUGUCCAAAGUCCAAACAGAGGAGAGUAGAGAGAAGGCAAUGGCGGUCUCCGUUUGGGCAUCAUCAUCAUCUACGAUUCCUUCUUCAAAAUAUAAUAAUUUCUUUGCAGCAGCGGCUUCAUCUUCUUCUUCUUUUUCGAAUUCGUCUUCUCUGAAAUUUCCUUUACAGCGACUUCCAAUCAGUUGGGUCUGCUCUCCCUCUCCCUCUCCCUCACGCCCUCGACUCCUUCCUCUGGUCAAAGCCAAGAAGCAAACAUUUUCCUCCUUUGAUGAUUUGCUGACUAAUUCUGACAAACCUGUAUUGGUUGACUUCUAUGCGACCUGGUGUGGUCCUUGUCAAUUCAUGGCUCCCAUCCUCAAUGAAGUUAGUACUCAGCUGAAAGAUACGAUCCAGGUGGUGAAGAUCGACACUGAGAAGUACCCUAGCAUUGCUAAUAAAUACAAAAUAGAAGCAUUGCCUACAUUCAUCAUAUUUAAGGACGGAGAACCGUAUGAUCGCUUUGAGGGCGCUUUAAGUGCAGAUCAACUCAUCCAACGGAUUGAGAACUCUCUAAAAGUUAAGCAAUAGUUAAGUCAGCAACAAAUUGAAGCUCUUAGAUUGGAGUACUGGAUUUGAUGAAGAAAUGCAUGCAAGAUUGCUCUGGCCUUCUUUUAGCACUUCCUUCCCAAUUUUUUUGUAAGUGGUAUGUAAUGAAAAAUAUGAUGAGUUUUGACCAUGAUACUCUGGAUCAUGUUAAUUAGCCAAGUCAAACACACGUUGAUGACAAAUUAUUAUUUUUUUGGGAACUUAAGGGAUCUGACUAGAAUUU